GAGACUCUGGCCGCGCUUGCGUUCACCCCCUCCCUCGCUCUUCGUGGCGCUCUGAGCCCCCUUUCCAGCGCCCCCAGCUGCGGGGCUGUUCGCCCAGACUCGCACCAAACUUUUCCGCCCUGGGCUUGGGAUCCUGGAUUCUGGGGCCUCCCUGCCCGCCCCUUUCCCGGGUUCCAUCUCGAGCUCUGGACUUGGAGCUAGCAGCCCCCCUCCCCGCGUCCCUCUCCCUCCUGUCUUUUUGGGGAGGAGCUCUUCACGCUCUGGAGAGUUCCCGAGGGUCGCCGCGCUAGCUUCUCCGUUUUGCCUUCACCUGGAUAUAAUUUCCGAGAGAAGCUGCCCCCAGGAUGACCACGCUGGCCGGCGCUGUGCCCAGGAUGAUGCGGCCCGGCCCGGGACAGAACUACCCACGCAGCGGGUUCCCGCUGGAAGUAUCCACUCCUCUCGGCCAGGGCCGAGUCAACCAGCUCGGCGGCGUUUUCAUCAACGGCAGGCCGCUGCCCAACCACAUCCGCCACAAGAUUGUGGAGAUGGCCCACCACGGCAUUCGGCCCUGCGUCAUCUCUCGCCAACUUCGCGUGUCCCAUGGCUGCGUCUCUAAGAUUCUGUGCAGGUACCAAGAGACAGGCUCCAUCCGUCCGGGUGCCAUCGGCGGCAGCAAGCCCAAGCAGGUGACAACGCCUGACGUGGAGAAGAAAAUUGAGGAAUACAAAAGAGAGAACCCGGGCAUGUUCAGCUGGGAAAUCCGAGACAAAUUACUCAAGGACGCGGUCUGUGAUCGAAACACUGUGCCCUCAGUGAGUUCCAUCAGCCGAAUCCUGAGGAGUAAAUUCGGGAAAGGAGAAGAGGAGGAGGCCGACCUGGAGAGGAAGGAGGCAGAAGAAAGCGAGAAAAAGGCUAAACACAGCAUCGAUGGCAUCUUGAGCGAGCGAGCCUCAGCACCUCAAUCAGAUGAAGGCUCCGAUAUUGACUCUGAACCCGAUUUGCCACUAAAGAGGAAACAGCGCAGGAGCCGAACCACCUUCACGGCAGAGCAGCUGGAAGAGCUGGAGCGUGCUUUCGAGAGAACCCACUACCCUGACAUUUACACCAGGGAGGAACUGGCCCAGAGGGCGAAGCUCACGGAGGCCCGAGUGCAGGUCUGGUUUAGCAACCGCCGUGCGAGAUGGAGGAAGCAAGCUGGAGCUAAUCAGCUGAUGGCUUUCAACCAUCUCAUUCCGGGGGGAUUCCCUCCCACUGCCAUGCCGACCCUGCCAACAUACCAGCUGUCGGAGACCUCGUACCAGCCCACAGCUAUUCCACAAGCCGUGUCGGAUCCCAGCAGCACCGUUCACAGACCUCAACCGCUUCCUCCGAGCACUGUACACCAAAGCCCUCUUCCUUCGAACCCAGACAGUGGCUCUGCUUACUGCCUCCCCAGCACCAGGCACGGAUUUUCCAGCUACUCAGACAGCUUUGUGCCUCCGUCGGGGCCCUCCAACCCCAUGAACCCCGCCAUUGGCAAUGGCCUUUCACCUCAGGUAAUGGGACUCCUGACCAACCAUGGUGGGGUACCUCAUCAGCCUCAGACCGAUUAUGCGCUCUCCCCUCUCACUGGGGGCCUGGAACCUACCACCACGGUGUCGGCCAGCUGCAGUCAGAGACUAGACCAUAUGAAGAGCUUGGACAGUCUGCCAACAUCUCAGUCCUAUUGUCCACCCACCUAUAGCACCACAGGCUACAGUAUGGACCCUGUCACAGGCUACCAAUAUGGGCAGUACGGACAAAGUGCCUUUCAUUAUCUCAAGCCAGAUAUUGCAUAAACGAACUGUCCACUUGGAGCUAAAACUGGCCCUGCUUCUGGUCUCCACAGCCUGGACAUGAAGAAUCUUCUCAGAAAAAAAAAAAAAAAAUCAUCCUUUGGGGGAGGUGGAGACAAAGAGCAGCAAUUGAUUUUCUUUCUGCAAAAGUUGGUUUCGGCUUCUUUUGAACAGGCUGGAUGACAGCGGUGGAGAAGACAAUGACCUGGAGUGACAACGGACACAAGCAACAUUUUCAAACAAUGGCUUAACCUGGCUACAAAUUAAAAUAUCCCAACUCUUUAUUGCUGAUGAUCAAGGAGCUAAAACAUUCCAUUUGUGUGUAUGUGUGUUUAUCUGAGACUUACCUGAACUGUUUCAAGCAAGUAGAAUGUUCUAAAAUAUAGUAGGAGGAAACUCUAAAGUAUAACCUGUUUGAUGUCCAAGGCUGACCCUUCUGCAACUUUAAAACUGCUCACAUAAUGAAGCAGGAAUGGAGGAAUCCCUGACUUGUACACACUGGAAAUUGAUAUAAAAAUAAAUGCCACCGUAUUUUAGGAAGCUAGACUAGAUGUAAAAGACCUCCCGAAUAAUAAAUUAUUUGUUAUUGUAUCCUCA